GAAUCUCGAAAUUGCCACGUUUGUACUCUGAGUCGCUGUCCCCAGUGCUCUCUCUCUCUCUCGCCAUCUGCUCUCUAAAACUCAAAUUCCUUCUUAUCCUUCUGCUCUCUAAGAAUCGUGUAAUAUCACAAAUAUGGCGACGUUGUUCGCUUCCACCGCCGCGCAAACGACCUUCCAGCACCACCGCCGCCAGCAGCUGCAGCCGUAUCCUUCGUGUUGUUCAUCGGCUUCCGUCGUGUCCGCUAAGGCGCCUCCUCAAUUCUCAGCAUUAUCUUCGAGACAUUCCGGUUUUGUGAACCGGUCCUUGGCCAAUAUUGUCAAAUCCAAUGUAGGUAUUGCUCCAUGGAACGCCGGGAGCAGGAACGUCGUCGUGCGGAUGGCGUGGGACGGUCCGCUCUCGUCUGUCAAACUGAUCCUCCAAGGCAAAAACCUCGAGUUAACUGAUGCAGUCAAGAAGUAUGUGGAAGAGAAAGUUGGAAGGGCCAUACAGAAGCACAGCCAUCUAGUGAGGGAGGUUGAUGUUAGGUUGUCUGUUCGGGGCGGGGAGUUUGGAAAAGGUCCCAAGACCAGCAGAUGUGAGGUGACAUUGUUUUCAAAGAAGCAUGGAGUGGUUCGGGCUGAGGAAGAUGCUGAAAGUCUAUAUGGGAGUAUAGACUUGGUGUCAUCAAUUAUACAGAGGAAGUUGAGGAAGAUUAAGGAGAAGGAAUCUGAUCAUGGUCGGCACAUGAAAGGGUUCGACAGGCUGAAGGUGAGGGAUCCUGGGGCACUCUUAAUGGAGAAUGAUUCAAAAUCUAUAUCUGCCCAAGAAGAAGAACAAGAAGAACGAGAGGGUGGUGACUUCAUCAAUGAGAUCGUCCGGACAAAAUACUUUGACAUGCCUCCUUUGACCGUCACUGAAGCUAUUGAGCAGCUGGAAAAUGUUGAUCACGAUUUUUACGGUUUUCGAAAUGAAGAGACUGGUGAGGUAAACAUUGUAUACAAAAGAAAAGCAGGAGGCUAUGGGAUUAUUAUUCCCAAAAGGAAUGGAGAAGCUGCAGAGUUAGAGCCGAUGGUGGUCAAACUGGAGCAAGAACCCUCACUGGCAGAAUAGAUUGUCCUUGCAAACAAAAAUCCUUUCAUGAGAUGCUAGAGCAGCACUGUUCUAUACCUCUUUUGGAUCUUCUAAGGGGAAUGGUUGGUCGCCAGGGCUGUGAAGCUGUAGUAUUUGAGUCCAAAGUGGAUACAAUACGUAGUUUAUGACAUGUGAGAUGUUUUCAUGGACUUGGCAUCUUUUUAAGGCUGAGUAGGGCCAUUAUUUUGACCAACGCAUAUGAACUUGAACAAUAACGUUGUAUUAUCACGUCCAGAUCUGUAUAUACCUGUUGACCCUAUUGAGUUUUCUGUUUUAUUAAAGGCCCAAGGUGGACAAAUGUUAGAGAUUGA